CGCCCUCCGGACACAAACAAACGGGCUCCGACGCCAAACACGGCACUGCCUCUCUCUUCCUAAUCCCCGUAAUACGUGCAAUAAGACAAAUUCAACAAAAUGGAUGGGUCGCCGGAACCAACGGUGAUAGCGAGGACUCUGAAGGACUUUAACCAGUUUAUAUUCAGUGGCAAGAAGAGUGGAGACUCGUCUGUGGGGAGGGACUCGCGGCAGAAACUCAACUUCUCUGAGGCUUUUAGUGAUUCCUCGAGUAUUUUUGAGGAUGACUCGAGAACCAGCGUCGGAAGGUCAAGGAAGAGGCAGAUCGAUGAAAUGACAGGAUUAGACAUCUCAAAAAGGUUUCGAGAAAAGGACAGUCAGAUCAUAGAUGCAAAAACCACCAUAAACAGACUCGAAGGGCGCAUUCAUAACAUGGAACUGUCGGCCAAGAAAGCAAAAGCAGAAAUGGAAGAAGAAUUGGAAAGAUUUAAACGGAAGCAGCUGAGAGACAAAGAAUUGAUAGAUGACCUACAACACAAGAUCAAGCAGAUGCAGGCUAAGGAACGUGAGAUCCAAGGGACCGCCCACAAAGUGAAGGAGGAGUACACAGCCACCAGCUGGGAGACAGAGAGCAAGAUGAUCAACAUGCAACGGGAACACAUUGAGCAGUGCAACCGGCUCCAGGAGGAGAUCACAAGUCUUCGCCAGAAAGCACUGUAUCUUGAAAGAGUGAUGGAAGAAAAGACAUCGCAGGUUGACCUCGCACAGUCCUAUGUACAAGAUUUGGAAAAACAACUUGCAGUUGCCCAGCACAAGCUCAGAGAUUCAGGUGCAAGUCAGUUUGAGACAGAGGCACUAAAACUGCAGCUUGAUCAAGCGAAGUCAAAAAUUAAAAAACUGGAAAUGCACCAGGAGGAACUAGAGAGUUUGCAGAGCAAAUCAGAGGUAUUUGAAACAACAGUGCGCAAGCUUCCUGCCCUGGAAAAAGAAAUUGCCAAAUUGAAAGAAGAAAACAAGUUCUUGAGAGAGACAGCAAUGAACACUCAGCUUCUUGAAGAGAGGCUGACAAAUGCUCAGCAUCAAGUGCAGCUGCUUGAAAGUCGAUGUCAAGACAGUGCUUUGAUGCAAGCCAAAGCUGACUCCUACAAGGAUGCGCUGCAGCAAUAUGAGAAAGUUGUCAGUGAGGAGCUGGGUUUACCUCAAGCAACUGCUUAUGAUUUACAAAAGCAAUUGAUGAAACUAAAGCAGGGAGACCAAACGAUAGCGGAAGGCAUUGCAGAACUGCGUGCAAGCCAAAAGUCGUUGGAAAGUAGCAGAGCGUCAGAAAGUGCUCAGCUGUCAAGUCUCAGAGCGAAGCUGGAGAAACAACAGAGAAAUACUCAACAGAAUGCCCAGCUUAUUAAAAGAUUACAGAGAAAGCUUAUGCUUGUAACAAAGGAACGUGAUAGUUUGAAGAGCAUUCUUACUUCCUAUGAGUCUGAGGUGACUAUCAACUACUCAACGGUGAGCCAGGAAAGAAUUGUGAAGUUAGAGACACAGCUGGAGUCUUACAAGGAGGAGCUGCAACGGCUUGAGAAAGAGUUAGAUGCAUUCAACAAGGAGUCUGAGGAAGAGAAGGAUGUUCCUCAGAGAAAGGAUGAUGCAGAGAAAAUUUCUGCCCUUGAGAAGAAAGUGAUUGAACUUGAAAAAGAUAUUGCCAAGUUAACUCAAGAAAAAGAAACCCUGGAGCUGAGACUGGAAAGCCGAGCACUGAAAGGAGAUUAUGACCCCACUAAGACUAAGGUUAUACACUUUGAGAAUAAUCCCUUUGCCAAAGCUGUGGAGAACCGUGCCACAGAAAUUGAGCGGCUACAGACAGAAAAUGAUGCUCUGCGUGAGAGGGUCCGGCUUUUGGAAGAGGGAGAAAUGCAUGACAUUACCCAAAAGGUUGGGAUGAAAGUGAACAGUGAUGGCCCAUCUUCAAAAGAAAUUACAGAACUCCAAGAGAAAAUCACAUCUAUGGAGAUGCGUAAUAAACGCCUUAUGGAGGCCUUCAAGAAGAAAUCUCAAGCGAUACGGGAGGUGAUGUAUCGACUCACUGGCUACAGAGUGGAUGCUUGCUCUGAUAAUCAGUAUAAACUAAUCAGUAUGUAUGCAGAAUCUCAAGCAGACUAUCUGUUGUUUGAGCAAACAAAAAAUAAUGAAUUGCAGCUUCUCGAGACCGAGUUCUCAAGCACGCUGGAAGACAUGAUUGAUGCUUAUCUUCGCCAUGAGAACUGCUAUCCGGCCUUCCUUUCUGCCAUCACCUUGGACCUCUUCAACAGACAGACCAUGGAUCCCCCUCCUGCGUCUUCAAGUGAAGUAGAGGAGGAUGAAGAAGAAGAGGAGGAGGAAGAAGAAGAGGAGGAGGAGGAAGAGGAGGGAGAGGAGGAAGGAGAUGAUCAUGACCAGCAUAUGGGAGAACCCGGACAAGAUAAUAAUGAUGAUGACUUGAUAAUUCUAGACUAGUGUAUAUGUUCUCUGUAAAAUGAGAUAGCUAACAUAUUCUUGAAAGCUGUUGUUAGUAAGCAAAUCAAUACAAAAAGUUCUGUAAAUAUAUUAUCUUUUUUUUGUUUUUUAAAUGUCCAACUACAGUACUGUGAAUACAUCUCAGAAGUGGUCAGUGGUGUAUCAUUAUUACAUAUUAUAAACUUGCAGUACUAGUUUAUGCCACUUUCAAUUCAAUGUUGUUGUUAGGGCAACCGAAAUGAGAUUGGGUUUGCUUGUGAUUUGUAGACUAAAUGUCUGAAGGUGCAUUAGUAUAGAAAUUUUGAGUGCUGAUACUGAUACUCUCAUUAUUUUUAGAUGAAAUAUAACAGUUGGUACCAGUAAUAAGUACAAUAUCAUCAGCAUUGCUUUUCUUUUAAAUGCUCAUAAAAAUCUUUAUUCCGAAAUGAACUAGGAUUUUCCAUCUUGCUGAAAGUCUACACAAUGUGAGGAUGAAUUGAAGGUCAAAGUUUUUGUAAAAAUAGAAUUUAAAAAAGGAAGAAAAGAAAAAUUUCCAGAGUAGUCAAAUGCUUGAAAUGCUUUUCCACUUAAAAAAUAAAACAGUAUAUCAUAUUUAUUCCUAGCAAAGUAUAGGAAAUUUGUUUAUUUUUAUAGCAUGGUAUGUUCAUUAGAAUCCUGUUUCUUUCAAAACAUGGAUCAUAUUAUAAUGAAAAAUAGGACUCUAGUAUGGUGAAAUACUUUCAGAGUGAAGUUCUGUAAAUAUACUUUUAGGUGAGAACCAUUCAGUGGAACUGAUACCAGUACUCUAACAACAAUAGAUGAGGAAUUGUUUUCUAAAAUUUGUAUAUUUCCAUAAUUGUAAGGUAAUAAAAAUAUUAGUAUUGUCUAC